CAGAGAGUGUGAGAAUUUAUUUAGCUGACGUGACAGAGAGAGUAAACCGAAAUAAGUGAAAAUUUUUUUAAAAGGAAAAUUUGGGAAAAUAUCAAUUAAAAUAAAAUAUGUACUAAAUAAAACACGAAAAUAAACAAUAAUUGUUACAGGCUUCAAACUAAAAUAUAAACGAUUGAAUGAAGAAGAAAACAAUACGGCGUUUUCAAAGAUAAAAUAAAAAGUUAUUAUAACACGAGAAUAAGACAAACAACAGGCAAGGCAAACAGCACAAACUGCAGCAGCAACCAGAAGAAGAGCAGUACUUUGGCUAAAGAAAAAGUGGAGCAAAUUAUAUUACAAAUUUCGAAACAAUAAAAAGAAGAAGAAAACAGCACCUAUAAACGCAGCUGGAGCACAAUAUUAAACAAAAAUGCUAAUGAAAUUUUAAAAAUAUUUAAAACAAAAAAUUCAAAACAAACCCAAAAUUUUGUACAGUGAACUUGAAGUGACACCAGGCGGCGACUACAUCAAUGAAAAUAAAGUGCUGGAGAUUGUGUGGCUAGAACAACGUUAUUUGAAUAUAGGGGAAGCUAUUGGUUAAAGGUGAAAUUGAACAAUAAUACAACAACUAAAGGCUCACAUUUGUAUUACGUUUGUUUUGUGUAAAAUAAACAAAAAAGAAGAAAAAAUAUUUACUUGCAUAUACACACGUACAACAAUUGCUCUUUUCAACAAUAAUUAUUUUUUGAAUAGAAACACAAAAAAUAAAGAAGAUCUGUUCAAUAUUUUAAAAUUCAAGGCCAAAGAUUUAUAAACAAAUUGCAAAAGCAAAACUAAACAAAUAAAUUCCAAGGUAUCAGUAAUAAGUGGAGAACUGUACAGUAUAAUAAAAUGUCAUCUAACGAAUCCACAGCAGAACUGGAAUCUGUUCGGGAAUCUCUACUAAGUAAACGUACAUUAAGCGAUAAAACUACAACAACAGCACUGGGCAAUGGUUCAUUAGUCUCGGAGACCAGUCCAGUUAAUGGUAAAUUACAUAGCAGCAAAUAUGCUAGCAACGACAACAACAUCACAACUACAGCUGCUGCUACAUCUACCACCGGCACAUUUAUGAAACUUAAAACCUAUCUUUUAGCUUUACGACCCUGGUCCCUGUCCGCCAGUUUAGUGCCCACACUAUUGGGUUCUGCCUUGGCAUUUCGCUCACAAUGGUCGUCGGAGUUUUCAUUUAUAACAUUUUUUCUAACCGCUUUUACAGCCGUUACGGUUCAUUGUGCCGGUAAUGUGGUGAAUACAUAUUUUGAUUUUAUCAAAGGAAUUGAUAAACAAAAGGCUGAUGAUCGCACUCUAGUCGAUCAUAUUUUAUCAAAAGAUGAGGUUGUUUCUCUUGGUGCAAUACUUUAUAUGGCCGGUUGUGUGGGUUUCAUCUUUUUAGCCAUCUUAAGUCCAGCUAAAAUGGAACAUUUAGCACUCAUCUAUUUUGGUGGCUUAUCGUCAAGUUUCCUGUAUACCGGUGGCAUUGGUUUCAAAUACAUUGCAUUAGGUGAUUUAGUUAUCUUAAUACUAUUCGGUCCCAUAUCUGUACUAUUCGCAUUCAUGUCACAAACUGGUCAUGUUGAUUGGACAACCAUCUAUUAUGCCAUACCUUUGGCCCUUAACACAGAAGCUAUUUUACACAGUAACAAUACAAGAGAUGCUGAUAAUGAUCGCAAAGCUGGCAUUGUGACUUUGGCCAUUUUAAUUGGUCGCACAGCAUCGCAUGUCUUAUAUGCACUACUCCUCUUUACACCUUACAGUGUUUUUGUGGUUUAUGCUUUAAAAUAUUCAUUAUGGUUUCUAUUGCCCUUGAUUACGGUGCCACAAGCUUUUCGCAUUGAGAAACAAUUUCGUAAUGAACAGACCAUGAGUAAAGUGCCAAGACAGACGGCAAAAUUGAAUUUCUUUUUUGGUAUUUUAUAUGUAGUAGCUUGUUGUUGUGCGUCCCAAUUACCUACAUUUACAUAUUCAAGGCACUGAAGUGUAAAAACUGAAUAAUAAAAAAAAAAAA